CCGCUGAGCUGGGUCUACCCUCCAUUUCCUGACACGCUCCCCACUGAAGGUGAAGUUUCCUCUUUACCAGAAGAAGCGUUUGGUGAAGAAUUAUCCAACAAUAAAAAGAUUUUGUCAGCUAAUAUAGACAAGAAGAAGGGAGGCAAAUUCCAGCCUUUUAAGAAGCUGUUUGGCAAAAGGAGAAAGAGAGACGCUCCGCUGUCCCCGGGGGAGUCGGCGGAGGCGAAGAGCUGCCCCGCUCUGGGUGCCAGCGAUGGGACCUGCUCCCCAGAGGAGGAGACCCUGGACGAGGGCCUGAGGUCCUUCAACUGUUCUGUGGGAACGCGGGCGUUUUCCCAUGACAGUAUUUUUAUCCCUGAUGGGGGAGCAGAAAGUGAGCAGACAGUUCAAGCAAUGUCACAGGACAGCAUCCUGGGCAAAGUCAAAACUCUUCAGCGACAGUUGGGCAAGAAUAUCAAGUUUGGGCAGCGGCCACCCAACGCCAUUCCCAUGAAGAAGGCGGGCAGCGCCGAGGCCAGCUCAGAGGAGGACUCCUUUCUGACCAGUCCCAUGGAAAUCGUGACCCAGCAGGACAGCAUCCUCUCAGACACAGAGCACAAAUCCGGUGACCCACCGAGUUCUCCCAGUCCUCCGAAUCCUCCUGGAACCCGAAGUGCAAUGGAGGAGAAGGUCGCUCCAGCGAAACCUUCUCGGCCAAAAAGGCACUUCUCUUCGGCUGGCACCAUUGAGAGCGUCAACCUCGAUGCCAUCCCCCGAGCCAUCGCUCGUCUGGACAACAGUGCUGCCAAGCACAAACUGUCAGUUAAGCCAAAAAACCAGAGGGUAUCAAAGAAGCACAGGCGGCUUGGCCAGGAUCCACAAUACCAGACGGGCAGCCUUGAGAGCCAGCCCUCCCUGGACCAGAACGGGCACCCAGGAGAAGGCAAGCACCUGUGGCACGAGGAAGAACCAGAGCCCCAGGAUUCCCGGGAGGAGAAAAGACGCCAAGAGGACUAUUGGCGAGAACUGGAGGCCAAAUACACGCAGCGAAAGGCAGCAGAGAGGCAACGCCUGGAGGAGCAGAGGCAGCAAGCGCUGGAGAGGAGGCUCUGGGAGGACAGCCGGGGGCAGCAGCUCUUUCAGGAGGAGGCGGCAGAGGUGGAGGAGGAGGAGCUGCAGCUAGAGGCUGCAAAGGAGCUGGGGGAAGGGCAGCAGCGGGGUCUGGAAGAGCAGGGUUGUGGAGCCCCGCAGCAGGGAGGAGGAGAGGAGGAAGAGCCCGUGGAGGCAGAAGGGAGGAGGAGGACGGUGCUGGAGGAGGAGGGGGCCGGCGGGCAGGAGGAGCGGAGGCUGCUGGAGGCCCAAGAAGUGGAACUGCCGGAGCUCGCGAGGCGGCAGGCUGAGAGGCAGCUGCUGGAGGGGCCCGAGCAGGAGGAGCUGGAGGCACCGAGAGCUCAGGCGCAGGGGUCUGAAAGGCUGGAAGAGCCUGGAAAGCAGCGAGAGGAGGAAGGGGAGGAGGAGGAGGACGAGGAGGAGGAGGAGGGAGCUCUGAGCGGGGAAGAGCUGGAAAAACAAGGGGAAACGGAGACGCCGCUGGAACCUCCCAAGGUGGAGAAGGGGGUCUGGGGGGCGCAGCAGGGCCCUGAAGAAGAGCGGCCAGUGCUGGGCCAUGUCGCAGACGGGCAGAGCCCACCGCAGAGUGACCUCGAGGAGGAGCCAGGGGAAGGAGGAGGCCUGCAGCCCGCAAGGCAAAGAGAGCAACAGUCGGAGGAAGAGGAGGAGGAGGAGGAGCAGCCGCGGAGCCCCGGGCCUGCCCUUGGUCAGCCGGUGCCCAGGGAAGAUGGCAGCCCGGGCGAUGGUUCUGCGGACGACGACGGUCACGUGCACAGGGAAGGGACAGACACGGGCCAAGAGACCCCGGCUGCCCCGAAGAAGAAAGAUGCCGCCGUGGCCUCGGGCAAGGACCGGAAAGUGGAGGAACUCAGGUGGCAGGAAGUGGACGAGAGGCAGACCAUGCCCAGGCCCUACACGUUCCAGGUGUCCUCGGGCGGGAGGCAGAUUCUGUUCCCCAAAGUCAACCUGAGCCCCGUGACACCGUGCAAGGACUGGGGCCCGGCCCCUGCCACCCAGGAGCCCAGGGCGCCCCGGGGCGGCACGCUGCCUUCCUCCCUGGGCAUCCCGCACACGGCCAUCCUGGUGACCGGGGCGCAGCUGUGCGGGCCGGCCGUGAACCUGAGCCAGAUCAAGGACACGGCGUGCAAGUCCCUCCUGGGCCUGUCGGAAGACAAGCGGCCCGCCGAGGACGAGCCCCGGGCUGGCGCUGGCAAGGCCCGGGCUCCCCCGGAGUCGGGCCCGGGCGGUGCCACGGCCCUGGCCGAGUGGGCUUCCAUCCGCUCGAGGAUCCUGAAGACGGCCGAUGGAGACAGAGAGCCUCCCCGAUCCUCCACCUCCUCCUCUUCCUCCUUCUCCGGGGGCGACGAGCCGGCUCCUCCCCGGGCACGCUGCGACUCGCAUUCGCGAGGGAACGUGCGCAGGGCGGCGCCCGCCAACGCCAAGUUCUCCAUCGUGCCCGCCUGGCAGAAGUUCUCGGACGGCGGCGGCGGCACCCCCGACGCCACCUCCCAGCAGAGCGCGGACUCGGGGAGCCCGCGGAGGAGAUCCUGCCCCGCACCAGCCGAGGACGCAGCACCCCCACCUCCCCCGGCCGGGGCUCAGGAGCCCCCCGAGAGCCCGGACGAGCCCCAGAUGCGCCCCGAGCCAGCAGACACCACAGACGGGUGCAAGUUUGCCAAAGACCUCCCAUCCUUCCUCGUCCCGAGCCUCCCUUCUCCGCAGAGAACGGCGGCCCACGCGGAGCCCACGAGCGCCCCGGGCAGCGGCUGCCAGCCUGACCCCACGAUGCCCGGGGGCGAGGAGAAGACCACGCCCUUCGGGAUAAAGCUAAGAAGGACCAACUACUCCUUGCGUUUCCACUGUGACCAGCAGGCUGAGCAGAAGAAGAAGAAGAGACAGAGCAGCGUGGGUGAGAGCAUGGACGGGGGGACACCGGCAGCCGUGAGCGUCCGUGCAGAGAAAGAGCCCGAGGGCCUGGUGCCCAAGCACGGCCCGGCUGCCCCCCAGGAGAUGAAACCAGCCCCAGGCCCGCGGAGGGACUCUGCUGAGAGUCCUUCGAGUGGUCACCCCGCUCCUGUAGCCCAGCCGGCAUGCCCAGCUGGCCAGGCCCCAGCACGAGAGCACGACAGGGCAGCAAGCAAAAUGCCACCUCCUAUGCAGAAGCCAGCCCUGGCCCCCAAGCCCGCGAGCCAAACGCCACCGUCCUCCCCACUCUCCAAACUGAGCAGGCCCUACUUGGUAGAGCUGCUGGCUAGGAGAGCUGGCAAGGCCGAGGCCGAGCCCAGAGAGCUGCCCGAGGAAGGCCAGGGGCCGAGCAGUGACCCCGUGCAGGCACCCUCACCACCACCCCCAGAGGAGAGGAAGACACAGCAGAGAGAUGGGAAGGGCGAGGUGCCAGAAAAGAAACCGGCUUCCCCACCCCUGUCGACCAGCCUGCAAGACAGACCCUCGCUGACGCCUGAGGCAGGAAGAAAAGAGAAGCCCGUCCUGCAGAGCCGGCACUCGCUGGACGGCGCCAAGCUCGCCGAGAGAGCCGAGACCGCCCAGCCGCUGUGGGUCACCUUAGCCCUGCAGAAGCAGAAGGGGUUUCGCGAGCAGCAAGCGACCCGAGAGGAGCGCAAGCAAGCGCGCGAGGCCAAGCAGGCGGAGAAGGCCUCCAAGGAGCACGUCGGGGUCAGCCCGCAGCCUGGAAGCAGAGCAGCUUCCCUGCAAAAGCCCUGCACGCAGUCGGAGGAGAAGAAGCCUGAAACCGCGGUGUCGAGGCUGCAGCGCAGAGAACAGCUGAAAAAGGCCAACACCCUUCCCACAUCCGUGACAGUGGAGAUAUCGGAUUCAGCGCCCCCAGCACCGCUGGUGAAAGAAGUCACCAAGAGAUUCUCUACGCCAGACGCUGCCCCUGUGUCCACAGAACCAGCCUGGUUGGCUUUGGCCAAAAGAAAAGCAAAGGCUUGGAGCGACUGUCCACAGAUCAUCAAGUAGAGUGACUCUUUCCCCUUCCUGUCACCGCCAGCCACCGGCUCUUCUCUUGCCCUUUUUAUUUAUUUAUUUUUUAUAUGAGGUAAAGAAACCAAGCUAGGGAAAAAAGAAGCAUGUUUUAUAGGCUCUAAAAUAAUGUUUAGAAAGUGAGCAGAUGGUGUUCAUUGUAAAGAGUGUAUUUGCACAACCCUGGGUCCUGGUGCCUUGAGCCCUCCCUACCACCCCUCCCCCCCCCCCACUUCUCAAGAGUUCCGUCCAAGGGACCACAGGAAGCAACAUCGCCAGGCCAAGAGCUCCUGGGGAGCCCACCGUGCCCUUGCACACGCCCUUCCACACACAUGCACACCCACACACCAUUCAGAGCAUGUACUUUUGCCAAUCUUUGUCAUGAUUUUUUUUUCUUUAUUCUCUAAUUUCUUCUGUCCAGCAUAUUUACCCUGUUUGAGUAUGUGAUGGCGAAAAGAUCAUAUAUAGAUUAAACAAGAAUGUCCAUUCUCCUGAGUGCAGUUAACUGGAAAAAAAAUAAUAAUAAUAAUAAUAAUAAGGGAAAGUCUGGCUCCUGACUCUGUCCCUGUGUCUGAUUUUCACGAGAUUUCCCCACCUUGAAGGAAAAGGUGAACCCAUUCACACGCCACACUGGGUCCACGCUGUGAUCAGUGUAACAUGGGUCCUUGCAGACCAGGGCCCUCCUUAGGGACACGGGGACUAUUUGAGCUAGCUGAUUCCCGGGAAGCAUUGCUGAUUUACUAUGAUGAUGACGGAGUCACAUGUUUCCUUUUCUGCCUUCAAGAACCUCCACAUGGCGCAGUGACUCUUUAACACGUCUGGACUGCCUUCCAGACCAAGUCCCAGGGUUUACGAGGGCAGGGCCUGGAAUAGAUAGCAAAACUCUUGAAAUGAAUUCUCAUGUAAACCAAACGGUAAGGACCUUGGGAUAUAAUUAUUCUAGUGUAAACUUGUUUUAUUUAUUUAUUUAUUUUUACACUAUGAAGGGGAGGCUUAUUCACCCAAAGAAGCAAAAGGUAAGACAGGAAAACAUAAUAAAACAGCCAUGCAAACCAGCCCCAUAGGUAAGACGGUCCAGGCUGUUUACUCUGCAUGCCUCUGAAAAUCCCCUUUGGUCUUUAGGGAAACGUUCUUAACAAGAAGCCAAGAUUUGUAGCUUACUUGUACGAAGGCCUUCCUGUGGAAUGUUUUGGUUUUUUUCUUUUUCUGUUUCUUUUUCUUUUUCUUUUUCAGGCAAGCGCCUUAACCGCUGAGCCAUCUCUCCAGCCCUACGUUUUUCUUCUUUCCUUUAAUUUGGAGCCAAAUGCUCCACGGCACUUACACUUAGAGCAUUCACCUCGCUACCUUGAAAAAAAGCAUCUCAGAGUCUGAAGUGGCCUUGUUAUUAAUCACACACAUGCGCAUACAAAGGGAGCUGGUGGUUUCAAAGCCACAGGCUUUACUUUUAUUCUUCUAGAUUUUCUUGACAUGGAACUAGGCAGACCAGCAAACCCCUCCUCGCCACUGGCACUGUGCUCUAUGGUGUCAGCAGCACAUGUCUCUUUCCUUAGAUUCUCACUCUGAAACAUAGGUGCGAAUUCUCUGCCCAGUGCAAGGGGAGAAUUACAUCCUUUUUCAUCUCCUACAAAAAAACGUGUUUUAUUUUAUAGCUUCCAUCACAACUUCCCUUGAUGCUUUACUCAAUAUGCAAUGUGCUGUUGUUUUACGUACCUUAGAGGACGACAGGAAUGCCAUUUACCAUUUAAAAACCAUUUUCUUUCUACGAACAGUGGCUCAGCUUUGUGAAGCAGCUAGCUCGUAUGGUUAAGUGGAUAGCUAUACUACUGCAAGUUGGAUUUAAUAUUAUAUAUACUGGACCUCCAGACUGUUAAGAAUCAAUGUAACUUUUUUUUUUUUUUACUGCUAUUGUAAGCGAUUAAUACUCCACUGCACGUUUUCCCACUGAUGUUCAUUUCUAAAUCUUAUAUAUACAGUUGUUAGUUCAACGGUGUCCUCACGAAUGUGACACUUUUUAAUGGGAAUCUUUCCACCCAGAGCCCUGGAAUUACAAUGCUACAGUAAUUCCUCCAGGUUGACUUUCCCUUUCAUGCUGCAGCUUUGGACAGUAUCAUGGUCAUAGCAGGAAACAGGCGAGGAAAUAGACAAUGAAGAGUAAGGCCGGCGUGGUGGCGCUCGCCUUUAAUCCCAGCACGUGGGAGGCUAAGAUAAAGGGAUCGCUGUGAGUUCGAGGCCACCAUGAGACGGCAUGGUGAAUUCCAGGUCAGCCUGGGCUAGAGUGAGACCCUACUUUGAAAAAAGAAAAGAAAGAAAAGAAAGGAGAAAGAUAGAAAGAGAAAGGAAGAAAGAAGGAAAGGAAGGAAGGAAGAGAGAAAAGGGAAGAGGGAGAGAGUACACGAAUCUUGAGCGGCUCAAUACCACGGAGCCCUCUACAGUACAGAAAUGGCUUUAAAAAGUCCCACCAACAUCUUUGAGAGAAGGCUCGACUGGGGAAAGGGCAGUCAUGGUACUUCCAAGAAUUCUAAAGGUACAUGAUUAACAUUUCCUUUACAAAUCACCCCAAAUUUGCACUAAAAAUACCAAUGAAGUGUUACUUUGCUUUAGUUAUGUUGCUGUCUUUCCUGAGCAACAAACUAUGGGGAGAUUCUGGGAAAACGUAAAAAGUUCAAGACAUUUUUUAAAUGAAUGAUAGCUAUAUUCACUACACAAUCUUUCUUUUUUAUUUAAAUAUACUCCUCCUGGUGAUAGAUGAUUAACCUGUCUGUUCAUAGACGUGUAUAUGAAACUAGAGUUUUUGUUUACUUUAAAAUUUUUUCAAGUGCAAUUGUUUCUUACGCAAACAUUACUGAUUACCAUUAAAUUAUUAUUGUAGCCAGUUAUCUGCAAGUGUAUAGUAUAUGUCUUCAUUGUCCCUUCUCGUGAUGUUUAGUUUGCUUAUUUUACAGCAGAAACAUUAGCUACAAGUGUCUUGCAAUAUUUUUACCAACAAUAAAAUUAAGUAGAGAUUUAAUGAAAAACCUUAGUGUGAUUUUGAUAUUAUUUGAGAUUUGGGUUGUACACAGUUUGAAUGUAAAAUGUUCAUUAUUGAAGGGAUAAGAUCUUUCAAUAAAAAAAUACUGAUGAGA